UCUCACACGCCCUAGUCUCUCUGUGCACGGAAAACAAAUUUCAGAGAGAAAAACACACAAAAAACGAAGGGUCUCAGGGAACCCCAAAACCCAGAAACCCAAUCUUCACUGAGAAAUGGAAAACUUCCUUUGAUCGAACCGAAGCCCCAUCGAAGAAGUUGCAUCGCUAAUUCGAUUUCUAGGGUUUCGGUUUCUCUCCCACCUUGGACCAACCGGGGCAACGCCGCAGCGGCGACUUUUUUCUUCCGAAUCGGAGCACAUUCGAGCACCCAAAUGAAUGGAGAAGACAAUCAGCGAAUGCCCAUUUGCUAGUUUUUGAGAGAGCCAAAAAAGUUUAUCAUUUUCCGUUUUCCAUUUUUUUCAUAUAUUAUAUAUUUUUUCCCCCAUUUUUUUGCCGUGUGGUGAUUCUUCCGCUUUCUGGUCAUGCGAUCAUCGCCAUCUUCAUUGGGCUCCUCGUCUCGAUCGGGUUCGCGGCUUCGGAAGAAGCACAAGAGGUUGGAUGCAAUAUGUGAGGAAGAGUACAAUCGAAACCACGGUGAGUUGAAUGAGGAUGAUGGUGAUUUGAACCCUGAUGCCGGGGUUCGUCGGAGCUCCCGGGUUCGCCGUGCCCCAGUUUUGCUCGACGCGUCUCCUCCUCCGCCGAAGAAGCGGCGGAGGGUGGAGAAGGGUGGAAUUAGUGGUGGUGUGGAGGGUGCCAAUAGUUUAGGGCGGGAAAAUAGAGGUUCUGGCGGGGCUUGGAGUUCUAGGUUGAGAUCAAGAGCUGGCAAUGUAGGUUUUAGGGUGAAGGAGGAGGGUGAAUCGCCACGUGGGAAGAGGAAGCUUUUUGAGGGUGUGGUUGGAAGGAGGGGUGAUGGUGAGGUUGGUGGGAAAGAGGAGUUAGAUGGGUUGAUGCCGAAGGUAGUUAAGUCAAAGAGACCGGGGAGGAUUAAAGCUACAAAGCAUGAGGAAGGGCAUGAGGAGGAUGUUUCUCAUGGGAGUUUAGAUGAGAGUAAGAGUCAGGAUGUGGAGGAGCUUGUGUUGAGCAAUAGUGAGGAGAGUGAUUCUGCUUCGGAAACCGAAUUGUCGGGAGAGGAUCAGAUGGAUGAUUCAGAUGUAAAUGCAUCCCCUAUAACAGGGAAUGAGGAGGGGGAACAGAUGGAUGAUUCGGAUGGAAACGCCCCUCCUAUGAUAGGGAAUGAGGAGGGGGAUCAGAUGGAUGAUUCAGAUGGAAAUGCCUCCCCUAUGAUAGGGAAUGAGGAGAGGGAUCAGAUGGAUGAUUCGGAUGGAAAAGCCCCUCCUAUGAUUGGGAAUGAGGAGGGGAAUCAGAUAGAGAAUUUGGAUGGAAAUGUCCCUCCUAUGGUAGGGAAUGAGGAGAGAAGCUUGUCCAAUGAUCUGCAAAUGCAGGAGUGUGGUGUUAACAAUGAGCUUUCUCCUGUGGAACGUGUAGAUAAAGUAGAUGGUCAGUUAGACAGUGUGAAGGAAAGUAGGGAUGCAGGUGAUGUAGCUGAACAGGUGAAUAAUGAAGGUUCCAAUGGCAAGGAAGUUGACAUUGAUGACAAUGUCUUGAAUGAGGCAAAUGUUGGGAAGAGGGAUGAGUCGAAACAUGCUUCAAGUGACAAGCGUGGUCACCAGCGUAUCAAAGAGGGCAGGCGGUGUGGGUUGUGUGGUGGAGGGAGUGAUGGUAAGCCUCCAAAAAGGUUAGUUCAGGAUAAUGGUGAAAGUGAGAAUGAAGCUUAUAGCGGGUCAUCAUCUUCAGAGGAGACUAAUUAUGAUAUCUGGGAUGGUUUUGACGAUGAACCUAGCUGGCUUGGGCGUCUCUUGGGUCCUAUUAAUGAUCACUAUGGUAUUGCUAGAAUAUGGGUUCAUCUGCACUGUGCUGUAUGGAGUCCAGAGGUUUAUUUUGCUAACUUUGGAUGCUUAAAAAAUGUGAGGGCUGCACUAUUCCGAGGAAGAGCAUUGAAGUGCACACGCUGUGGGAGGCGAGGGGCAACCACUGGCUGUCGUGUUGAUCGUUGUCCAAAAACUUAUCACUUGCCUUGUGCGAGAGCAAGUGGUUGCAUCUUUGAUCAUCGUAAAUUUCUUAUAGCCUGCACAGAUCAUAGGCAUCUCUUCCAACCUCGUGGUAAUAAAUAUAUGGCCCGGAUAAAGAAGUUGAAGGCUAGGAAACUGAUGUGGGAGAUAAGGAAGCGAUCAAAUGAAGCUUGCAGAAAAGAUAUUGGAGAUGAAGAGAGAUGGCUAGAAAAUUGUGGAGAGGAUGAAGAAUUUUUAAAGCGUGAGAACAAGAGGCUUCAUCGUGAUUUAUUGAGAAUAGCCCCAGUAUACAUUGGGGGUUCAGACUCUGCCAGUGAAAAUUUAUUUCAGGGAUGGGAAUCUGUUGCUGGGCUUAAGGAUGUCAUCCGUUGCAUGAAAGAAGUGGUUAUUUUACCUCUGCUAUAUCCUGAACUUUUUGAUAAUUUAGGGCUUACACCUCCAAGAGGUGUUCUUUUACAUGGGCACCCUGGAACAGGGAAAACCUUAGUGGUUCGGGCAUUGAUAGGUGCAUGUGCCCGUGGUGAUAAGCGGAUUGCAUAUUUUGCCCGUAAAGGUGCAGAUUGCUUGGGGAAGUAUGUUGGUGAUGCUGAGCGUCAACUAAGAUUAUUAUUUCAGGUUGCUGAGAAAUGUCAACCUUCUAUAAUAUUCUUUGAUGAGAUAGAUGGACUGGCACCCUGCCGCACUAGGCAGCAAGAUCAGACACAUAGUUCUGUUGUGUCAACAUUGCUUGCUCUUAUGGAUGGUUUGAAAUCUAGGGGUUCUGUUGUGGUCAUAGGUGCAACAAACCGUCCUGAAGCAGUUGACCCGGCGCUUAGGCGCCCUGGUAGAUUUGAUAGGGAAAUUUAUUUUCCACUACCAUCUAUUGAAGAUAGAGCUUCCAUUCUCUCACUUCACACCCAAAAGUGGCCAAAACCAAUUACUGGAUCCUUGCUCGAGUGGAUUGCAAGAAAAACACCUGGUUUUGCUGGUGCUGAUCUCCAGGCUCUUUGUACCCAAGCAGCAAUCAAUGCGUUGAAGAGGAACUUCCCUUUGCAAGAAGUCCUGUCUUUAGCUGCUGAAGAUAAACAUUCAAGUUGCAAGAACAUUGCUCUUCCAUCCUUUGCAGUAGAGGAGAGGGAUUGGCUGGAGGCUUUUUUUGCUUCUCCACUACCUUGCUCCCGGAGAGAUGCUGGAAAUGCUGCUAAUGAUGUAGUAUGCUCCUCUCUUCCCACCCGACUUAUCCCUUGUUUAUUGCAGCCAUUAUGCACUCUUCUUGUAUCUCUUUAUCUUGAUGAACGUCUAUGGUUACCACUAUCCAUAUCUAAAGCUGUAACAGUGAUAAAGGAUGUCAUGAUUUCUGCUCUAGACAAAAAGCAGAAGCCUUUUGAUCGCUGGUGGUUGUACAUGGAUGAUUUUCUUCAAGAAACAAAUAUUGUUUAUGAGUUAAAGAAAAAGCUUACAUGUUCUGGCAUUUUAUCUGCGGACAAUGGUGUUGCUGGUUCUUAUGAUACUGUGCAUGGUGCCAAUGAUAACGACUUGAAGUUAGAAUCUUCUGCAAGGAACCAUCUUGGUAUGCGUAGUGGUUUAUUUACAUUAACCAACAAAUCAGGAUUUCGUAUAUUAAUUUCUGGAAAUCCACGAUCUGGCCAAAGACAUGUUGCUUCUUGCCUUCUUCACUGCUUUAUUGGGAAUAUUGAAAUACAGAAGAUUGAUAUGGCAACUAUUUUACAAGAAGGGCAUGGAGAAGUGGUGCAAGGGAUUGCUCAAAUAUUAAUGAAAUGUGCUAGCAGGCAAUCUUGCAUAGUAUUCUUGCCAAGAAUUGAUUUAUGGGCUGUGGAUAAACAUUUCCAAAUUGCUGAAAGGGCUGGUUCUUGUUUAACAAUGCGAAAGUCUUGUUUCACAAGAAACGAAGCUGUUGAGAAGGAAAAUGAGACUGGGACUGAAAAAAACUUGUCUGAGAUGACCAAAGGCCAAACCAACACAAAGGCUUCAUAUGCCUGGAUGUCAUUUAUUGAGCAGGUGGAGUCCAUUGGUGUAUCCACAUCCUUGAUGAUUAUGGCUACUUCAGAAGUUCCCUAUACAGAACUUCCACAAAAAGUAAGAGAAUUCUUCAAGAGUUAUCAAUCUAAAGAUAGCCAGUCAACUCCUUUGGAGCAGACAGUUCCUCGAUUCUCUGUGCAGGUUGAUGGGAAUUUUGACAAUGACUUGGUAAUCAAUCUAUCUGCAGCAGAGCUAUUGAGAAAUGUAGUUGAGCAGCAGGUUCAAUUGAUUCAUCAGAGAUCUCAUGUUCAUAUGGGUGCCCAAAAGGGUCACAGAACCUAUGAAUCAAUUGAAGUUUGUAAAGAUAAGGUAUGUCAAAGAAAAGAAGAUGGAUCCGCAAAUGAUAAUGAUAAGGGUGAAAUCCAACAUGAAUCCUUUACAAAAGUUCCACCAACACCCAACAGCAAGACACUAAAGGGAAAGUCAACUGUGUUGUUGGCAAUAUCCACACUUGGCUAUCAAAUUCUUCUAUACCCACAUUUUGCUGAGCUUUGUUGGGUCACUUCAAAACUCAAUGAAGGUCCCUGUGCUGAUGUAAGUGGACCUUGGAGGGGCUGGCCUUUCAAUUCAUGUAUAAUUCGUCCUAAUAAUUCACUCGACAAGGUGGUAGUUUCUUAUAGUUCUAGUGGUGUUAAAAGCAGAGAAGGAUCUGGUUUAGUCAGAGGCUUGAUUGCUGUUGGUUUAUCAGCUUACAGAGGUGUUUAUAAAUCAGUUAGGGAAGUUUCCCUUGAUGUAAGGAAGGUUCUUGAGAUCUUAGUUGAGAAAAUCAAUACAAAAAUUCAAGCUGGGAAAGAUAGAUAUCAAUAUUUUCGUAUUUUGUCACAAGUGGCUUAUUUAGAAGAUAUGGUCAACAACUGGGCUUACUCGCUGCUAAGUCUGGAGCAGGAUUCUCCCGAGCUUAAAGCAAAGGUUAUACCAGCAAGUGGCGGAUCAUUACACAGUAAUCUCAUGUUUGAAAAUCACCAAACUGAAGGUGAGGACUGCCGUUUGGUUGUUCCUGUAGAUGAUCAGGGUUUGGAGACAUUGGAUGGAAGUCAUAAGGGAAUUGCGGCUGAAGCAACUGAAUGUCUUGCCUCUAAUGAUAAAAAUGAUAAUUUAGAUAUUAUUGAUUGUGAUGGAGGAAAUGCUGGUUCUGAAGGAUCUCUACCCAACCACUCUUUUUCAGAUAAGCAUAUCAACAACACUGCUGCUGCAAACCAGCCACUUCAUUCAUCCAAAAGUCAGGAGAACGGAACAUUAUUUGAACAGUCUGAAUCUGCAACUGCCGGAAAUAAUGAAGUGGUGGGUGGAGAAUUAGGGAUUUCAAAAGACUUAGACUCUGUUGCCCUUUCUGAAAAUGGACUUCACACUGCUUGCGAACUGGAGACACAGAAUGUCGAGGUCGGUAACUGUCCCAUCUCUGAUCAGCCUCUUGGCUUGUCCUCAGUAGAGACUGGUACUAAAAUAUGUGAUUCUAAAUCUGAUAAACAUGAGAAUGCUACAGAUAAUAAUGUUUUUUCAAGUAAUGGCUGGGUUCCUGCUGAAUCUGGGGUUAUUUGCUUGUAUCAAUGUUGUCCUGCAUGUCUCCACAGUCUCCAUCAUUUGACAAUGAAAAUACUUGUUGGAGAGUUGGGGUUGAACAGUGAUCAGUGGACAGUAGAAGAUGUCCACGAUGUUGUUGCAUCAUUAUCUGUUGAUCUUAUUUCAGCAGUUAGAAAAUGUUUUAUGGCUGAAGAUUUCAUUGAUUUCUCAAACAAAACCUCAAGACAUGAAAAACAUGGGACAUCUCUUGACUGUUUGAACGUGAAGACAUGUAAUCCUGGUAACCAAGGUAAGGAUGUUGUGCCAGUUGAAUGUCAUUCCCAUUCGGCAAGCCAACAUGCUACUGCAACAAAAGAUACGGCACUGAAUGAAGAAUCACCGAAGCUUGAUCUUAAAUUUGUUUUCAGAGAUGGUGUACUAGUUCAUAUGGACCCAGACAAGGAUGUCUCACUUCACUGUAAAUUUGAAAAUUUGUGUCUUUGUUCUCUAAGAGAGUUGAUAUUAAUGACAAAGCGCCCUUUUGAUUAGGCUAUUGUUAAAUAGCUUGGAUUGCUUUGCAAUUUUUUGGUGCUCAUGCGGCAUUUGUAUAUAACUUUCUCUGAGAUUGAAAUAUAGUUUUGACCAGAAAUUACGAUGCA